AUGAUCCCGGAUGCAGUUGCUAGUGCUCUUUUUGAACUUGUCCAAGGGGGAAACAAAAAGCAGCUUCUGGAAGAGUUGCGGAUUGACUAUGAGAAGUGGUGUAUGGAAAGCGGAGUUCCACAUGCUGCCCGUGCGAGCAGGAAACUGUUCACUUUGGAUGUCAUUACCCCAUCAACAACUGCUUAUGCCCACAUCUCACAGAAGAUCCUGAAAGGUGCUGCGGCUCGGAUGAUUGUUUUCUGGAUGGCCCUCAUCUUGGAGAAAAUCGCUUCUCAACCAGGUGCAUCUGUCCCCGACAAGGCAUCAUUUCGAAGCAACGAACCCGUGGAAAAGCUCAAGAAGGCUUACUUUCAGUGGAGAAGGGCUGCCACCUUCCUUGCCAACAAGUCCUUGGAAGAACAGCAACUACUUUGGCCGGUUUAUCCAAAAAGCCAUCAAAUGGAACAUUUGUUCCUGGAUUGGGUGCCCAUGGCUGGAAAUUGCCUUUACUACGGCCUCAUGCUAGAUGAGGACCUGAUGGGAAAACUUAAGCAAAUCUUGAGCCACACUCACACCAGAACGAUGAGCACUGCAGCGCUAUACCAUUACGCCACUGCAGUGAGCCUGCACUGGUUUGGGAGAACUGCGCUUGGAACGUGA